ACAACGGUGUAUAAUUUUAUCCUUGGAGAGGAGGGUAGGUAAAAAUAUAUUAAAAAUUACUAAUUUUUGUUGAAAAAGAAAGGAAAAUAUAUAAUAGCAAGGAGCCUAGAAUAUUGGAAGGGGAGAAGUCCGAGGAAUGUUCUCUUCCCCACAAUCACACCUACCUCUCGCCUUCCAAAAUUUUGUUAAUUAUGAAUCAAUGAUUAUUUUUGUCUAACUUCUUCUAAACCAUCUCUUAACCAGCCUAACAAUGGCUGCUACUAAUCUUAAUUCUUACCUUAGUUAGCCAACCCUUCACUUGUUUUCUUAAUCCCCUUCCAUUAAGGGCAAGGGCAGGAUGGCCACCUCUCCCUUCCCUCUCUUUAUCACUAUUGGCCUCCUUCUCCUCUUCUUCAACGCCUUCUGCUGCUGCUCCUCCUCCUCCUCCUCCACCCCUUCCACUGGUAUUCGCCGCGGCAUUAUUCGCAAACCUUCUCCCCAACCCCAUCUCUCCAACUUCCGUGAAGCCCCUGCUUUUCGCAAUGGUGACUCCUGUGGUACCCAAAAAAUCCAUGUCACCAUGACUCUUGAUGCUAACUAUCUCCGAGGCACAAUGGCCGCUGUUCUUUCCAUUCUCCAACACUCCACCUGUCCUGAGAAUUUUGAGUUUCAUUUUUUGUGGGCACAUUUCGAGCCUGACGUCUCUGCUAGCAUUAAGUCUGUCUUUCCUUACCUCAACUUCCAUGUCUACAAGUUCGACUCCAAUAGAGUUCGUGGCAAAAUAUCAAAAUCAAUCAGGCAAGCACUGGACCAACCCUUGAACUAUGCUCGGAUUUAUAUGGCCGAUAUAAUCCCAGCGGAGGUAAAACGUGUUAUAUAUUUGGAUUCAGACCUUGUUGUCGUUGAUGAUGUUGCCAAACUCUGGGAGGUUGAUUUAGAAGGAAAAGUAUUGGCAGCGCCAGAGUACUGUCAUGCAAAUUUUACAAAUUACUUUACAGAAUUGUUUUGGUCUAACAAGUCUUUAUCAAAAACAUUCGAUGGGAGGCAACCUUGUUACUUCAAUACAGGAGUAAUGGUUGUGGAUGUUGAUAAGUGGAGACAAGGUGGAUAUACCCAGAAAGUUGAAGAAUGGAUGAGUGUGCAAAAGCAGAAAAGAAUAUAUAAUUUGGGUUCAUUGCCGCCAUUUUUGUUAGUUUUGGCUGGAAAUAUUAAAGGUGUGGAUCAUAGGUGGAACCAGCAUGGUUUAGGCGGUGACAAUAUUGAAGGUAAAUGUAGAAGCUUGCAUCCAGGGCCUAUCAGUCUUCUUCAUUGGAGUGGAAAAGGCAAGCCUUGGCUUAGACUUGACUCUAGGAAGCCAUGCACUGUUGAUUAUCUUUGGACUCCAUAUGAUCUUUAUCGUCCAUCUAUGCAUUCUUUAGAAGAAUGAUCACCAAUACUUUUUUCACCUUUUUAGAUAAAUGGGUAUGGGUAGUAAGGGAUUUGGUUCUUUAAUUUAGGAGAUCAAAUACUUCAAAAAAAGUGGAAGCAGAGAAGGGGGAGAAACAAAUGUUCCCAACAAUUUACAGUUUUCAUUCUAUCCCUCUUAUUUUCUUAAGAGCAUAUCGUUCUCUUUUAUUUUCUUUUUAAAUUGUAACUUCUAUACGGAAAAGUCCUGCCUGUGGAUAUUUUGUUCCUACAAGCAGGGGGAAGUGGGGGCAUCUUGAUAAUGAUAUAUAAAUUGUUAUGGCUAUGGUUCUGAACAACAAUAUUGUUCAUCGGAUAGCUGCUAAAGGGAUUCUUGUCCAAAGAUUGUGAUUUUCAUUGAUGACGAUGGCUGUGCCGGAUCAUGGUCGAUGCUACCUCUGUCAGAUUUUUCAUGUCCCUCACUGUGAACGACAUGUUUACACGCAAUUUAUCUCUAAAACCAGUUUAGUGUGUGGUUAAUUAUUUUCAUCUUUCUUCAUGAAAUUCAUAGGGCCUGUUGUAGCAACUAACAGUUAAUUUCAGCUUAUCAUCAUCCAUAUAUAUACAUAUUAAUGAGUUUGAUUGAUCUCUGAUUGUCAUGUGAUGUGAGGUUUCUUCAUUAGUGGAUCAAUCCAUCCUUAGUAUAAAUAUACUGUGGGUGUCUUUUUGUAAAUACAUGGUAUAUAAUAUGAGUCCAUAUAAUAAAUGC